AUGGUCCUCCUGUCCCUUUGGUUGGUAGCAGCUGCUCUGAUAGAGGUUAGGACUUCAGCUGAUGGACAAGCGGGUAAUGAAGGAGUGGUGCGCAUAGAUUUGCCAAAAAAGCGAUCUAGAGAAUACGAGCUGGUCACUCCCAUCAGCACCAACCUCCAGGGGCACUACCUCUCCCACAUUCUUUCUGCAAGUCAAAAAAAGAGAGUACCAAGGGAUGUGUCUUCCAACCCUGAACAAUUGUUUUUCAACGUGACAGCUUUUGGAAGAGACUUUCACCUCCGGCUGAAACCAAACACUCAAUUAGUAGCACCAGGAGCCAUGGUGGAGUGGUAUAAGACCUCUGUGGUCACCGAGGAUAGACCCAGCCAUGUAAAUGAUAGUCAGCCUGGAAGUGAUUCAGAGCGGAUUUGGAAAAGAGAACCUUUAUGGACCAACUGUGCUUAUGUUGGAGACUUAACAGACAUCCCAGGAACUUCUGUUGCCAUUAGCAACUGUGAUGGUCUGGCUGGAAUGAUAAGGACAGAAGAUGAUGAGUAUUUCAUUGAACCUUUGGAAAAAGGUAAGCAGAAGGAAGAAGAAAAAGGAAGGAUUCACGUGGUAUAUAAGAGAUCAUCAGUCAAGCAUGUACCUUUUGACAUGUCCAAAGACUUCCUAUCCAGAGGACCUGAAUGGGAGGGCUUUGAUGACCUCAGUGCCAGUUACGACCACUUUGAACAGCAGCUGAAUGAGACGAUGAGGCGGCGACGGCAUGCCGGGGAUGAUGAUCACAACAUCGAAGUGCUCUUAGGUGUGGAUGAUUCCGUAGUCCGCUUCCACGGCAAAGAACACGUCCAAAACUACCUCCUCACCCUCAUGAACAUCGUGAAUGAAAUUUACCAUGAUGAGUCACUUGGGGUGCAUAUUAAUGUUGUGCUGGUACGCAUGAUAAUGCUGGGUUAUACCAAGUCCAUCAGCCUCAUAGAGAGAGGAAAUCCAUCUCGGAGUCUGGAGAAUGUAUGCCGCUGGGCAUGUCAGCAGCAGAAGUCAGAUCCCAACCAUCCUGAGCACCACGAUCAUGCCAUUUUUCUAACAAGGCAAGACUUUGGCCCUGCUGGUAUGCAAGGGUAUGCACCAGUCACAGGAAUGUGUCAUCCAGUAAGAAGCUGUACCUUAAAUCACGAGGAUGGUUUUUCAUCAGCCUUUGUAGUAGCCCAUGAAACUGGCCAUGUGUUAGGAAUGGAGCAUGACGGUCAAGGAAACAGAUGUGGUGAUGAGACAGCCAUGGGAAGUGUUAUGGCUCCACUGGUACAGGCAGCAUUUCAUCGCUAUCACUGGUCCCGGUGCAGUGGCCAGGAAUUGAAAAGAUACAUACAUUCCUAUGACUGUCUUCUUGAUGACCCUUUUGAACACGACUGGCCCAAACUCCCAGAACUACCAGGAAUCAAUUAUUCUAUGGAUGAACAGUGCCGCUUUGAUUUUGGUGUUGGAUAUAAAAUGUGUACUGCGUUCCGAACCUUUGACCCAUGUAAACAGCUAUGGUGUAGCCAUCCUGAUAAUCCCUACUUUUGUAAGACUAAGAAAGGACCCCCACUUGAUGGGACCGAGUGUGCCCCUGGGAAAUGGUGCUACAAGGGUCACUGCAUGUGGAAGAAUGCCAAUCAAGAGAAGCAAGAUGGAAACUGGGGGUCCUGGACCAAAUUUGGCUCCUGUUCUCGUUCGUGUGGGACAGGUGUUCGCUUCAGAACACGUCAGUGCAAUAACCCAAUGCCAAUCAAUGGUGGUCAGGAUUGCCCUGGCGUUAAUUUUGAGUACCAGCUUUGUAACACUGAAGAUUGCUCAAAGCUUUUUGAGGAUUUUAGAGCCCAGCAGUGCCAGCAGCGGAACUCCCACUUUGAGUAUCAGAACAGCAAACACCACUGGCUACCCUUCGAGCAUGCAGAUGCCAACAAAAGAUGCCACCUUUACUGCCAAUCCAAAGAGACGGGAGAUGUUGCUUAUAUGAAACAGCUGGUGCAUGAUGGAACCCGUUGUUCUUACAAGGACCCAUAUAGCAUAUGUGUGCGAGGAGAGUGUGUGAAAGUGGGCUGUGAUAAAGAGAUUGGUUCCAAUAAGGUUGAAGAUAAAUGUGGAGUCUGUGGAGGAGAUAAUUCUCAUUGUCGCACUGUGAAAGGAACAUUUACCAGAACUCCCAAGAAGCCUGGGUACCUUAAGAUGUUUGAUAUUCCCCCUGGUGCUAGACAUGUGUUAAUACAGGAAGACGAAGCUUCUCCUCAUAUCCUUGCUAUCAAGAACCAGGCAACAGGACACUACAUUUUAAAUGGCCGAGGGGAGGAAGCAAAGUCUCGGACAUUCAUCGAUCUAGGAGUGGAAUGGGACUACAAUAUCGAAGAUGACAUUGAGACUCUUCACACUGAUGGGCCUUUGCAUGACUCUGUCAUUGUUUUGAUUAUUCCUCAGGAGAAUGACACGCGUUCCAGUUUGACGUACAAGUAUAUCAUUCAUGAAGACUCAGUGCCCACCAUUAACAGCAAUAAUGUAAUCCAGGAAGAAUUAGAUACUUUUGAGUGGGCUUUGAAGAGCUGGUCCCAAUGCUCGGAACCCUGUGGUGGGGGUUCUCAGUACACCAAAUAUGGGUGCCGCAGAAAGAGUGAUAAUAAAAUGGUGCAUCGCAGCUUCUGUGAAGCCAGCAAAAAGCCAAAACCCAUUCGCAGAAUGUGCAAUCUUCAGGAGUGCACACAUCCCCUCUGGGUGGCCGACGAAUGGGAAUAUUGUACCAAAACCUGUGGAAGUUCUGGGUAUCAGCUCCGCACAGUACGAUGUCUUCAACCUCUACAGGAUGGAACCAAUCGCUCCGUGCACAGCAAGUACUGUCUAGGAGAGCGUCCUGAGACCCGCAGACCAUGUAACAGAUUGCCAUGUCCCUCUCAAUGGAAAACAGGACCCUGGAAUGAGUGUUCAGUAACUUGUGGUGAAGGAACGGAGACAAGACAAGUCAUCUGCAAGACUGGAGACCAAUGUAAUGGCGAAAAACCCCUCUCAGUGAGAGUCUGUAAGCUUGCUGCUUGUAAUGAUGAGCCAUGCUUGGGAGACAAGUCAAUAUUUUGUCAAAUGGAGGUCCUGGCACGGUAUUGUUCUAUUCCAGGUUAUAACAAACUCUGCUGUGAGUCUUGUGGCAAGCGUGGUAGUACGCUUGCCCCACCGUACCUUACAGAUGCUGCUGAAACUAGUGAUGGUGCAAUUUUUCACCCCAGUGACUUCCCCAGAUCCUUAGUAAUGCCAACACCUCUGACAACUUAUCGGGUGGGACCAACAGCCAAGAAGAAAUCUCUGAGUAGGAUGCCCUCCACCGAAGAGAACUCACGUGUAUAUACAGACAAUAAACCUAAUGGUGCUAACGUUCCCCAGAGGAGAGCUCCCCAAACAGAGAACAAGAACUUGAGACCUGACCAAGUACCAUCCCCACCUUCUACCAAAGGUCACAGUUUCAAUUCUUCUCAGGUGGCAUCUCCUCCCAUGGCAAUAAAUACUUCCUCAGGUGCUUUACCUCCCAUAAGAACCUCAAGGAAGAAUGAGAAGGCAGCUGACAAGAGACAUCCUUUAAGACCAUCCACCGUGGAAAGAUGAGAAAACUAGUUCUGAAAGGGUGGAAACCAUAGGAAAUUCUGGACACCCCAUGGUGCAUGUUGCUUUUGUCGAAAGCAGAACUCUCUACAGGUCAUCAACUCAUUCAUUUGACGUGUAAAUGGAAGAGCAAAAAGUGCUGGUUCACUUUCUAACUGCUUUCAUUUUCCAUUGUCUGAUUACCUUGAAUUCAUUGGAAGAAAGCACCAAAGAUUAUUA